GGUCAAAUGGUACGACACCAAGUGUGACACAAAAACUGCCCUUUCAUCUGUGGUCGACGCUAGGGCUGACUUUGACCCUGAUUUCAUUCUUGGACCGCCCUGCUCCUCAGAUAUGAAAGUUAUAGCUAUGCUGGCGUCACACUGGAACAUCCCAGUAUUUGGCUGGCUGUCCAACGAUCAUGCUCUAGCUGACAGAACUAUCUAUACAACGCUAGUCAGAAUUUUAGCUCCACUGAAUCAAUUUUCUAGUACUAUGCAGUUUGUGACCUUCCUCUUUGGCUGGAAACGUUUUGCAAUGAUCUAUGAUACUGACGAGGCCUACAGAGCAGUGAACCAAGCCCUUAACUCGUACCUGAAGGAGAGUAACAUCACUGUUACUUCACAACAUAGCGUGCAGGAAACCAUGCCUGAUAGUGAGGUGGAGGAUAUCUUCUACCAGAUAAGAAAAUAUGCUAGAGUGAUUGUCUUCUCUGUGCCUUGGAUGACUAUGAGGAAGUACAUGCUUGUUGCUCAUAGGAUGGGAAUGACCAGCGGCGAUUUCGCUUUCAUCUGCAUCAAUGGCGACGUGUACACAAGACCUGAUCUACACAGAGAAGUACUUUCUGACGCCGGCUGGAGGAGAAACGACAUCCACGAUGGCAACGCCAGAAUUGCAUUUGAAUCUGUUAUUCACGUAAUUAUGGACACCUCUAACUUUGAAGUGUUCGACACGUUCAUUGAGUAUGUCUCCAAGGCCGGAAGGCUACAGCCAUCAACCUGGGACCUGCCAACUGGCAAUGAGACAGUAGACGCAUACGCGCCGUUUAUAUACGACGCCACUGUCCUGUGGGCUGCUCUGGUCAACCGGACAUUGCAAGCCGGAGGGAGCCCUCGCAAUGGAACCCAUAUAUUUCGUCUAGCUCAAUGGAUUGAGACCACAGGCGUCACUGGCACACUUGUAAUGGACAAAAACUGUGACCGACUGUCAAAUAUUUGGUUUCUGGACAUGCAAAAAGAUGGAAACUUCCAGAAUGUUGUCAAGAUUUCUUAUACUGCUCGCGGUAUCUACCUGGAAACCGUGCAGACCGAGGUGGAGGAUGAUGGAGUGCUGUGGAGGGACGGGACGUCUGGAAGAAAGAACGCGCCCCCUGAUACACCUGUAUGUGGAUUUGAAGGCGAGAAAUGUCAGCAAGAGGCGACCAUGAUACAGCCAAAUUACACAGACUCCAUCGUUGGUGCUGCUGUUGGGUCGACGUUUGUGUUUCUUGUGGCAGUUUUAGUUCAGGUCUCGUUAAGAAGAUACCGCCGCCGCAGGAAAUUGGAAAGCAUGCUAUGGCAGGUCAAGUUUGAGGAGAUCGACUUUGUUACUGCAAUACUAAGUGGGAGUGUUAGGGUCAGCUUUCGAAAUUUAGCCAGACGAAGAACUUUUAGUAAUAAAAAACUGCCCAAGUGCAGAUCAAGUUUCAGGUUUGAGCACACUGAUUCGACUGACACACGAUGUUCCGCCGAGUCGGGGGCAGUCAUGUUUGGCUCUGUGGCUUAUUUCAGGGGUUGUCUGGUGUCGGUGAAAAGAAUAAACAAAACAAACAUCAGUCUCAGCAAGGAGCAUCUACAGGAGCUAAACAAGUUAAUGGAGCUGAAACAUCAGAACGUCACUGCGUUUGUCGGAGCUUGUGUUGACCCAGGCAGGAUUCUUUUACUGUGGGAGUACUGCCCUAAAGGCAGCUUGCAGGAUAUUAUCAGGAAUCAGAACAUCAAGUUAGACCAGUUGUUUCAAUUCGCCCUAUGCCAGGAUGUAGCCAAGGGCCUGGAGUACAUCCACAAGAGUUCUGUCAAUUACCAUGGCAACCUCAAGAGUUCCAACUGUGUCGUGGAUAGCAGAUGGACCUGCAAGCUCACAGAUUUUGGGGUUCCCAAAUUACGAGUGCCGGACAAGACAUCCACACAGCUUGAAAACAGAAGUAUGUAUUUAUGGACAGCCCCGGAGGUAAUUAGGGCUGAAAAAGAUGUGGACACACAGAAGGCAGACAUUUUCUCCUUGGGAAUUCUCUUGAAAGAAGUGUUCACGCGAUCGACACCCUACUCUGAGUAUGCUGCAAUGACUGUUGAAGAAAUUAUACGAUGUCUGAUGACACCGGACAUGUCCAGUGUCCCAUUGCGUCCGCUGCUCAACAACGACAUCAAGAACAACUUGGAACUGCAUCAGCUGAUCACCGACUGCUGGGCUGAAGAUCCAGAUGUUAGACCAUCUGCUACCCGAGUGCUCAAAACCCUCAACCGGCUCAACCCAUCCAAGCACGUCACGAUGAUAGACAACAUGCUGGCCAUGCUGGAGAAGUACGCCAACCACCUGGAGGAGCUAGUGGCUGAAAGAACCAGUGAGUUGGACGCCGAGAAGAGGAAGACUGAGAACUUGCUGUAUCGCAUGUUGCCACAGUCAGUGGCCGAAGACCUCAAGCUAGGGAAACCAGUCAAGGCUGAACUGUUUGAUCACGUGACUAUCUACUUCUCGGACAUCGUCGGUUUCACAAAGAUUUGCUGUGAGAGUACACCUAUUGAGGUUGUUAACCUGUUGAACAGCCUCUACACCCUUUUUGAUGCCAUCAUCACAAGAUAUGACGUAUACAAGGUGGAGACUAUUGGAGAUGCUUAUAUGUUAGCCAGUGGACUACCCAAAAGAAACGGCAUUCAACAUACUAAAGAGAUAGCCAACGUGGCCCUGGAAAUAUUGGCUUCGAUUGGAACAUUUACAAUUCCACACCAGCCCAAUAACAGACUGCGAAUUAGAAUCGGUAUUCAUACGGGACCUGUGGUGGCAGGCGUUGUGGGUCUGGCCAUGCCUCGGUACUGUCUCUUUGGGGAUGCUGUCAACACAGCCUCAAGGAUGGAAUCCACUGGGCUGC